UAGUUUUUUCUAUAAAAACCCCAGCAGACAGCCCUUAAAUAUUAAGUAAUUAGACAUUUAUUCCGCCCAUUCAGAUAAAACAAACGAACGAAUCGACUUAUUCGGGCUUUUCACAUCUCGGACAGCAAAAUUCACUCCCUUAACAACGACAGGAGGAAGAAAAUAAUUUAACGCCAUUAACAGAUGCGAUUCGCAAUAUAUGUUGCAGGACAGAAACCUUUCUUACGGAGAAUUUAUUGAAGAAUUCAAGGGUCUUAAGGCCACCAGAUUUUUCAAUCUGUAAGAAUUGGUAAUGGGGGAAGCCGGGUACGAGGAAAUGGAACCGCCACAGGCUUUGGUGGAGCGUCUCAAGGAUUUUCGCCAAGAACAAACCCUGGCAUUAUGGAAGGAGCUCAAUCCCCAAGAGCGCCAGCUUUUGAUUAAAGACCUUGAGAGUCUGGAUCUUUCACGAGUGGAUCGAAUUAUCAAACAAUCUUUUCUUCUGCGAGAUCGACCUAUACCAAGUCCAGAACCAGUUCCGGAGGCAAGUGUCUCCACUGUUCUGGAAAGAACACCGGAAGAAAGGGAAAGAUGGUGGAAAAUGGGACUGAAGGCCAUUUGUGAGGGCAAGCUCGCAGUUGUGCUUUUGUCUGGAGGCCAGGGUACUCGAUUAGGAAGUUCAGAGCCAAAGGGAUGCUUCAACAUUGGGCUCCCUUCUGGUAAAUCUCUCUUCCAGCUUCAAGCAGAGCGCAUUUUGCGUGUUCAAAGACUUGCAGCUCAGUCUGUACCUGAUGGUGCAGGUCGAUAUAUUAGAGUACACUGGUAUAUUAUGACAAGCCCAUUUACACAUGAUGCAACAUGCAAAUUCUUUGAGAGUCGGAAAUAUUUUGGCUUGGAGUCUGAACAAGUGACCUUUUUUCAGCAAGGUACAUUACCUUGUAUUUCAAAGGAAGGGAGGAUUAUUCUGGAAACCCCAUAUCAGAUUCUAAGGGCCCCAGACGGUAAUGGAGGAGUUUGUGCAGCAUUGAAGUCCUCAAAAUGCUUGGAAGAUAUGGCGAUGAAAGGCAUCAAAUACAUUGAUUGCUAUGGAGUUGACAAUGCUUUGGUCCGUGUAGCAGACCCAUUGUUCCUGGGCUAUUUUAUUGAUAAAGGUGUGGCUACUGCAGCUAAAGUUGUCCGGAAGGCAUAUCCACAAGAGAAGGUUGGUGUGUUUGUUCAGCGGGGCAAAGGAGGACCUCUUGGUGUAUUAGAAUAUAGUGAGAUGGAUCCUUCCAUGGCAUAUGCUAUCAAUCAGGAGACAGGGCGCCUUCGAUACAACUUGAGUAAUGUAUGCUUGCACAUGUUUACACUGGACUUUUUGACCCAGGUUACAGAAGAGCUUGAAGAGGACAGCAUCUAUCAUCUGGCAGAGAAAAAAAUGAGCUGUGUCGAGGGACCUAUAAUGGGAAUAAAGUUGGAACAAUUUAUAUUUGAUACUUUUCCUUAUGCUCCGUCAAUGGCUCUCUUUGAGAUUCUACGAGAAGAAGAAUUUGCUCCUGUUAAAAAUGCAAAUGGUCAUGCAACUGACACACCUGAAACUUCAAGACUUCUUGUUCUCCAUCUACAUACUCGCUGGGUUACUGCAGCUGGUGGCUUUGUUACGCAUUCAGUUCCUUUAUACUCUACUGGGGUAGAGGUAUCACCACUCUGUUCCUAUGUGGGUGAAAACUUGGAAGACAUUUGCCGUGGUCGAACUUUCCAUGCUCCAAGCGAGAUCACAACUUAGGAGGCAUUCAUAUUAGUAAGAGUUGGCAGUAUACUAAUGGAGGAUAUUUGAUAAUUCAGAAAUGAAUAUUAUUCUGAAGACGGAAGCAAUUAUUUAUUUUUGAUAUAGAGGUAUUCUAGGCUUGCUAGCUGGGAGAUCAGAUCUUCUGGCUUCAUCAAGCACCCUGUUCUUCGGUUGUAUAAAUUUAGCUCUUUAGUAUAAAAAACGGGCACUGAAGUUGGACAUUUGAAUCAGAGGUCUUAAGUGUGCCACUGGUCUUAAAUUUUCUCAGAGGCUUUAUAAGUAUUGUUGUUUGCCUAAGUAGCAUUUUUCUACUGAUAUAGCAGCUGCUGCCUUAUUUUGGACUGUUUAAGCAAUUAAUGAGUUUAUUUAUACACUGGCAA